AUGGCAGAGGCGGCCGCGCUGCUGCUGCCGGGGGAGGCCGAGGCCCUGGUGCAGGCGCUGCGGAGCGGCCCGCUGCUGAACACCGGAGACCACGGAUGGCUCCGGCAGCACGAGGCCAUCGAGAAGCUGAACAUGCAGGCCAUUCUGAGCGCCUCUGCCGGCCAGGAACAGCUCCUCAUCGAGCUGCUGGUGAACUAUGCCAAGAUCCCUACUCUCAUCGAGGAAUUGAUCUCUGUGGAGAUCUGGAAGCACAAGGUGUUCCCUGUGCUGUGCCAGCUGAAGGAUUUCAAGCCAAAAAGCACCUUUCCCAUCUACUUGGUGCUGCACCAUGAAGCUUCUAUUGUCAACCUCCUGGAGACAGUGUUUUUUCACAAGGAGAUCUGCGAAUCAGCUGAGGACACCAUUCUGGACUUGAUUGAUUAUAGCUACCGGAAACUGACCCUGCUAGCAGCUUGGAGCACCAACGGGGAAUUUCCAACCCAUGAAAAGCUUCUGCCUGAGGAUCUGACCAAUGCAUCAUCAAUGCAGGAACUACAGAAGCAGGCAGAGAUGAUGGAGUUUAAGAUCUCCCUGAGGGCUCUUUCUGUGCUCCGUUUCAUCACUGAUCAGGUAGACAGUUUGCCACUGAGUGCCCUGACACGGAUGCUGAACACUCAUAACGUGCCCUGCCUCCUGGUAGAGCUCCUGGAGCAUUGUCCAUGGAGCCGCCGCGAAGCAGGCAAGCUAAAGAAGUUUGAGAAUGGAGUGUGGCAUGUGGUGCCUCCUGAAGACCACGUGAGGAUGACCAAGCUGGAUGGGCAGGUGUGGAUUGCCCUCUAUAAUCUCCUCCUGAGCCCAGAAUGCCAGCGGAAAUACAACUUGGACGGUUUCAACAAGAGCCAGCUCCUAAAGCUCCGUGCAUUCCUGACUGAUGUCCUCAUUGACCAGUUGCCAAAUCUGGUGGAGAUGCAGAGAUUUCUGAGCCACCUUAUAGUGACAGAGCCUGUUCCACCCAAAAAGGACCUCAUCCUGGAGCAGGUUCCUGUCAUCAGGGACCGCAUUGUCAGAGAGAAUUCUGGGAAGUGGCAGGCGAUCGCCAAGCACCAGGUGAAGCACAUGUUCAGCCCCUCAGAGGACGAGUUGAAACACCUGGCGUGCCGGUGGGCGCGGACAUACAACCUGGAUGUGAUGGAGGCUCUCGUCCCAGAGAAACCCAAGUGUGGGCUGUGCGGCUCUGAGGCAACAAAGCGCUGCUCUCGCUGCCAGAACGAGUGGUACUGCAAACGGGAGUGCCAGGUGCAGCACUGGCAGAAGCACAAGAAAGCUUGCAACCUGAUGGCUGAUGCCCUGAAGAAAAUAAAAGAGGACCUGAAAGUGCAGCCAUAA